AUGGUGAGUUGGCAGCAUGGGGACGAGGACACCUUAAUUCUCAAUGAUGAUGGAAGUGCUUUGAACAAUUCAGGAAAGGCGAACUAUGGUGGGUUAAUACGUAAGCACGAUGGAAGUUUCCUUCGUGGUUUAUUUGGUAGCGUGGGGAUCUCAAAUAUUUUACAUGCUGAGAUUCAAACGUUGAUUGGUAUAAAGUUAUGUUGGGAGACAGGUUAUAGAAAGCUUAUGUGUUUCUUCGACUCUAUUCAUGUGGUAGAGUUGGUGAUGAAGGACAUCUCGAGGUUUCAUCAUUAUGCAAAUCUCUUGGAACUCAUCCAGAAUUAUCUUGAUAAGGAUUGGUUUAUUUCUAUUCAGCAUAUCCUUUGGGAUGGAAACUCUUGA